GUUAUUCGUCAUGCAGUUAAACAGCAUGGAUGAAUUAUUCAUACAAGUGGAUACACGAUACAUACACACUGGUAUUACGUUUAUUGCUGCUGAUCGAAGCCUGCAGAGGGCAUUGUGGAUCACUGUACAAGUGACUGCGUAUCGAUCUGAUAUUUGUAUUUUGUUUCCAUCUAGGUCAUACCUGUGUUGUCCAACUGCCAUUUUGAAAUAUAAAUAUCUGAAUGAGGUGAAGGAGAUUUUGUAAUACAGUAAAAUGAAAGUAUAACAACUUGGAGUUGACAUGUACUGAUACAAAUAUCGUAUACUUAUUCGUUAAAACUUCAGGAAAUAGUCAUGACCACUGAAGGGGAAGGCCGUGCUGUGGCACUUCAGAGAUACAAGAUUUUAGCCGGUCUAAUGGGACUGUUGUCUGCCGGACUCUUGAUCAUUGGAAUUAUCGCCGUUUCCAAGUACCCCGAUAGCGGCUUCGGACCCCCAUAUUUCAUCGGAUGUUUUGUCGUCGGAUGUUUGGGUCUGAUUCACGCGCUGGUGUGUACCUUCAUCGCUUUUAAAGGCGGCGAUAUCGAUAAUGAUGACAUCAAGAAAAGAGAAAUAGGAUGCGCGAUGACUGGACACUACAUACUGUCCAUGUUUCUAUUUAUGGGCUGUUUCAUUGGUACGAUUCUCGCCGGCAUCGGAGGUCUAGGUCAUAGUAGUUACUUUGACGAAAAAACUGGAUAUGAGGACAAAGUGAAGACCCUAUCUGGUAUUAUAAUUGCCGGCUGCAUAUUGACGUUAGGUGUUAACGUGUUCGGCAUGUGUAUCGUAUGCACCUAUGGCAGCUAUUUUGGUGUUCAUAUUCAAAAUCGUCAACGAGGUAGAGCUGUGAUAACAUUCGGAACAACCGGAACAGGCACCAACACUGCUUUUGUCACACACACGGGGGGCUUACAAAUGGGCGGUAUGGGUGCGAAUGCCGAUAUACAAACUCUUCAGGAACAAAAUAGACUGCUUCAAGAGAACCUACGGCUCCAACAAGAGCUGUUUAACCAGCAACAACGAGCGCAAGGAAACCAGUAUGGAUUUAACCCCCCUCCUCCGUCAAACUACCCCCCGGGGGGAGUGUAUCCCCCACCGGAUCCUUCCUUCCCAUCGGCACCUCCGCCAAGCUAUGAUUCAGUGAAAUAGAGUGCUAUCUUGUAAAUAUUGGUUUUAACCAUUUGUACGGAAUAACUAAAAUCGUUUCAUGCGUCAUUGUGUUUAUGCGUUGAAUGCUCUAGCAUAAAGACGCAAUACAGCGGCCAUACGUUUAAAUUGUAUUGCUAUUUUCAUCAAACUAAAUAUACUUAUCUACAAACUAUGAUGGUUUAUAACCUACCAAUAGUGCAUUGCGUUUAUAGUUAAACACGCACGGCACAACAUAAGUAGUGUACGAAUGAAUGAAAACUUUUUAUUUUCAUAAUAGAUAACAUACAGUACCCUGAUGAUUCAUUUCAGUGUGCGCGUAUUCACCAAGGGCAACUUCAUGCCACAGUGGCAUUAAUAAUUGUUUAUCUUAAUAUUGUUUGUAUUAUGUCAGCAGGCCACGAACAACUUGACAUGUUGAAAAUUGUUAUUUUUUUUUGUGAAAUGUAAUGUUGUCAUUCGUGUUUGGCCGGUAGUAUGAGUACUUUUUAUGACCAGAUCAAAUGUGGUAGUACUCUGUAAACGCUGCCCAGUUAGGGCUAAUAAAACUUGGGACUAUAGUGACGUAACACUUGAAGUAGUCGACAACUUUGACUAUCUAGGCAAUUAUUUAACUAUACGAGCACUUUCAUUUUGAAUAAACAAUAUGUAGGCGGUAAGGCUCUAAAAACUAUGAAUGUAUUAACAAAGCAUAACAAUAAUUAUGACGCACCUACGAACAUUGCGCUUCAAUUGUUUGACUCAUUUGUAGGUUCGAUCCUCAAUCAUGCGAGUUCAGUUUAAGGUGUUUUCAAUAUACAUAGAAAGGAUCCACCUUAAAUUUUGCAAAUCGUUUUUAAGAGUUAAAAAUGUACAUGUACAGCGGCUGUUUACGGAGAAUAAGGGCGCUGUCCUAUACAUAUUAGCAGACCGUUAUGUGUUUAUUGUUAAAUAUUGGUUCAAAGUGCAUCAAUUCAAUAAUAUUUGACCAGAUUUAUUCAACUUGUAUUAGUAAUAACAAACCAACUAUUGUAAAUUCAUGUAAACUCUUGGUACAGGCAAAUAAUAGAAGAAACUUGUUAAUCAAA